CUUGCGAAAAAAUACCAUCCGGAUGUCAACAAAACCAAAGAAGCACAAGAAAAGUUUCAAGAAAUCUCAGAGGCUUACGAGGUAUUGAGUGAUGACAACAAACGUCAAGAAUACGACACGUUUGGGUCAAGUUCGUCAGCAGCUGGAGGAGGUCCUGGCAGGAGAGGAGGUGAAUGGCAGUACAAAGGCACUGUUGAUGUUAACGAGAUCUUUCGACGUGCUUUUGGCUUCGGUGGA